AUGCCUCCAAAUGGAUCGUCGUUCACGACGCUAAACCUCCCACCGACUUUCGAACUCCCUCAAUGUAUGGAAUACUUCACAUUGAGAGCAGGCCCGAACACAGAUCUCUGGCGCAAACCCCCAAACGGCGAAACUUCAACAGCCCCCAUUGUCUUCACAUCCCUCCGCCACCCAUUCGUCGUAGCGGAAGUCACCGUCAGCGCAGACUGGGCUAUGGAGUGGGACCAAGGCGGCCUGGUGAUAUUCGCCGGCAGCGCACCGCAAUCUUUCUCCUCAGAUGUCACCGAGCCGCCACGGACAGCCUUCGGCGCUCCCCCGCGCCCUACCUGCAAAUGGGUCAAAGCCGGCAUGGAGUUCUCCUCGGGGAGACUCAACGCGUCCUCCGUGAGCGCGACAUCCGACGGCGCGGACUGGUGUCUUUCGCCUCUCGCGCAGAGCGCACAGGCCGGGAUGGGGAUUCAUUCGCUGCGUAUUAAGCUCGAGCGUAUCGGGCAUGCGCUGUGGAUCUGGUACCAGGUUCCGUCGACGUCGGUGUUCGCGCGCUCUCCUGGUGCGGUGCGGAAUACCUGGAAGAAGUUGCGGGAGGUGACGUGGUUCUUUUAUGGGGUUGAGGAUAAGUGUGUUCAUGUUGGGGUUUAUGCGAGUCGGCCGACGAGGUUGGCCUAUGGGGAGACUAUGUGGGAUGCUGUGCAUGGGAUGCCGCUGGAAGGCUCAUUGCCGACGGAAUCGACGGAUGGGUUGGUUGUGGAGUUUGAGGAUUUGGAGAUCUUCUAG